AAGACCGGAUGCAUAUCAUUAAAAAUUAUAAUGAAACGUGAUUUUUAUUAAUAUUAUUUUGCUAUCCGUCAGUCGUCAUACUUAUAAAUACUUUCAAUUGUGUCGAUUCAUCGUUCGGCCGGCAUUGAAGUAGCGUUUAAUCGUCAAUUUAUUCGACGACAUUCACGUUUCUCAGUUCAAAGUCGUCGACGUUUAACAAGCGUUGGUGGUUUGUCCCGUAGUUGUUAUACUCCAACGACCAAAGAAAUGAAGAAAAUCGCGAUUUUUGGUGCCACCGGCAUGACGGGACUGUGCACCGUCGAAGCCGCUUUGAAACUAGGUCUAGAAGUCAGGGCUCUACUGCGAGAUCCCAGUCGCAUGCCCGAAGAACUUCGUAAGAAAGUAGAAGUGGUCACUGGCGAUGUUCUGGUCAAAGAAGAUGUGGACAAGGUCGUCGAGGGCAGAGACGCGGUCGUCGUGACUUUAGGAACCAGAAACGAUCUGGCUCCUACCACAAUAAUGUCAGAUGGGUUGAGAAACAUUUUGUCAGCGAUGGAAAAGAACAGUGUGAAAAUUGUAUCGGUGUGCUUAUCCACCUUUUUAUUCUAUGAUAAGCCCAAAGUGCCAGCAAUGUUCCAUGGCAUCAACGAUGAUCAUGAACGGAUGUUGAAUUUGUUGCAAGCAACCGAAUCUUUGAAUUGGAUUGCUGUGAUGCCACCACACAUCGCCAGCACUCCGUCAGGCGAUUACAGCGUAGAAAUCGGCUCAUCACCUGGUCGCGCCAUAUCGAAAUAUGAUCUUGGGAAGUUUAUGAUUGAAUGUCUGUCUAAUCCUGAUUACUAUAAACAGAAAUGUGGUUUGGCGACUAAAGUUUCUGCUCCAUGAAGUAAAAUUGAACAAAAAUUGUGUGUAAGGAAAUUCAGUUUGUUACACAAUGGAAUUGAAGUCUUAGGGCCAAAUGAUAAUCUAUAAUUUUACAAUAACUCUAUAUGUAAUGGAAUAGAUGAGGAAAUAUAUUAAAACAAUUGUUGA